AUGGAUGAAGGAAGGAUUGGUCUUAGAUCACUAACUGAUAUAUCUAAUGCAUUAUUUGCUAAGGUGUGGUGGAAUUUCAGAUGUGGAAGAAGCUUAUGGGGUAGCUAUAUGUUGAACAAAUACUGCAAGAAAUGGCAUCCUACUAUGGCAGUAGAUAGAAGAGGAUCUCACACUUGGAAGAAGAUGGUGAAUAUAAGAGAUGCAGUUGAGCCACAGAUCUUUUGGUAUUUGAGAAAUGGAACUUCAAGUUUCUGGUAUGAGAAUUGGACAAGGGUUGGGGCAUUAUAUUAUAUCAUUCCUGAUGCUGCUAGAGAAGAAGAAAUAGAGAUUAGACAGUUUGUGAAGAAUGAGGAAUGGAACAUGGAACUGUUAACAAUCACUCUAGAUCAGGAAUUUGCUCAACAUAUCAAGGAAAAUAUCAAGGUACCAGUUGAAGAAGAAGAUGAUGAACCAUGUUGGAAGUUGGAAACAAAUGGCAGAUUCUCAGUUAAAUCUGCAUGGGAUUUUCUCAGACACAGAGAGAGCAAACAAACAAGUUAUAAGUUCAUGUGGGAGAAAGGUUUGCCAAUAAAGAUAAGUUUUUUCAUGGGGAGAGUGUUGAAAGGGAGAAUCUCUACAGAUGAUAUAUUGAAAAGGAUGAUAAUCAAUAUACCAUCAAGAUGCUGGUGCUAUGAGGAGCAUAAGGAGGAAACUGUAGGUCAUUUAUUUCUAACAUCUUCCAUAGCUAUCAAGUUAUGGAAGUUCUUUGCUUCUUGUGUAGGUAUCCCCACAGAUGGAGUUGGUCUACAUCAAAUGAUCAUGGCAUGGUGGUCUGCUGAGACAGCCAUAAUUGCAGCCUAUGUAUAG